AUGGAUUUAGAGUCUCUCCAUACCAUAGCACUUCUUGAUGCUCAAAAUGAUUACAUGAAUGAUUACAUGGAUAUGAAUGAAGAAGAUGCUAUAAACAUGGAAGAUGCUAUGAAUGAGGGAGAAACAGAAACGCAAGAACCAGACCAUAGUGAUACUCAAGCAACCCAGGCAACUCAAGCGGCUCCAGCAACUCAACCAACUCGCACUCGACUUUCUUUCAUUGAUGAUAGCUGGAGAUUACAUUGUAAGAUUUUAGCCUUCUGUUAUCUGAAGUGUCCACACACUGGUGAAGGGAUUGCUAGUCAGAUUUUUGAUUGUUUGAAAGAAUGGGGAUUAGAGAAAAAAGUCUUUUCAAUCACUCUGGAUAAUGCAACCAACCAGACUAGUAUGCAGCGAAUUCUUAAAGGGAGGCUUCAAAUGACGAGUGGUAGUGGUUUGUUGUGUGAGGGAAAGUAUCUGCAUGUUAGGUGUUGUGCUCAUAUAUUGAACCUGAUUGUGAAAGAAAGCUUAGAGCUGGCAAAAGAUCUUCUACAUGAUAUUAGAGAGAGUGUCAGAUAUGUCAAAUCAUCUCAACAGAGAAUAGAGUCUUUUGCAAGCUGUGUAGAGCGAGAGAAUAUCAAAGGUGGAGCUGGCUUAUCACUUGAUAUUCAGACUAGAUGGAAUUCAACUUAUGAGAUGCUUGUCAGAGCGUUGAAGUUCAGAAAAGAAUUUGAAAGUUUGGCAUCUUUUGACACACAUUAUACGUCAUUGCCUGCAGAGGAAGACUGGAACCGUGGGGAAAAGAUAUGUGACCUGCUAAAGCCGUUCAGCAUCAUUACUACAUAUAUUUCAGGCUAUAAGUAUCCUACUUCAAAUGUAUACUUCACACAAAGCAUGCAAGUGAAAUUUGAUAAGUACUGGAAAGAUUACAGUAUCAUUUUGGCUAUGGGAGCUGUUUUAGAUCCUAGGAUGAAAGUGCAGGUGCUUGAAAAAGCUUAUGAAUCUGUAGAUCCCUUCACAUCUCAUUCAAAAAUUCAAGAGCUUAAGGAUAGUUUGAAAGCUUUAUACAAAGAGUAUCAGACUAGAGCAAGUUCUUUGGGUGUUUCAGCUACACAAACCCCACAUGAGAUAGUCACUGAAUCUCCACUUGAAUAUGACUUUGAUAAUGAUCUCUAUGAGUUAGAAAGAAGUAUUGAAGCUGGUGUUGGCAACACAAAAACACAUUUGGAUAUCUAUUUGGAUGAGUCGAGGCUAGCGCGAAGUUCUUUUCCAGAUUUGGAUAUUUUGAGCUAUUGGAAAGAAAAUGAACAUCGACUUAGUGGUUUAGCUGCAAUGGCACGUGAUAUUCUCACUAUUCCAAUUACCACGGUAGCUUCAGAGUCAGUAUUUAGUAUUGGAGCUUGGGUUUUGACACCAUACAGAAAUCGCUUACUUCCCAAGAACGUGCAAGCUUUACUCUGCACUCGCAAUUGGUUACGCGGUUAUGCAGAUUAUGAUGGUAUCAUAGAGGAUACUGAUGAAGCAGAAAGUAGCUCCGCAGUUGAAGGAUCAAGAGCAGAAGAUUCAAGCAUGCCAUGA